CUACUCCAGGCUACACUCCUCCUCAGGCUAACUUUGAUGGAGAGCGUGCUGAAGGGAUGAUACCCUCUUCUUCAAGUGCUCUGUCAAAGAAAGGAAAGAAGGAGUCAUCUGGGAGGAAGAGGAAGGCUUCAGCAAGUAAGAACUCCUCAGGAGACAAAUCACAGCUGGAAGUGGCCACAGAGGCAGAGGAUUCCCAACAGGAUCAUCCAGAGAAAGAGAACGAGAAGGAGAAAGAAAAGGAUGCCAAAUCAGGAGUCAGUCUGUCCUCGUACUGGCCGUUCUUCAGAGAACUUGAUGUUGAAGCUCUGAGUGUGCUUCAGUGUGGCCUUCUGUCCCGGACACUGUUGGACACUGAGCUACAUAGUAAGUUAAGGGAGGAAGUGCAGUUGGGCCCUGCAGAGUUGCUUUUCCUGCUGGAGGACAUGUGGCGUAAACUGGACUUCAGUUUGGCUUCUGCACCAGCCAAAAAGGCUCCAUUUCUUAAAAGUAAGAUGGACAAAGCAGUUGGCUUUGCUCACUUGCAGCAGAAAAAUGCCAAAGAGAUCGCCACCUGCUGCACUGAGCUGCUGCCCACACUUUGCACACACCUGGAGAACUGCCACAAUCACUUUCAGACUCUGCUGUCUGAGCAUCAGGGUGUUGUUGAUGCUCCUGGUGUGGAUGUGAAGGAACAGCAACUCCUGUGUUCAGCCUAUCAGCUCCUACUGCAAGUGCUACAUACUACGUUCAGCUGGGCUGGAUUUUCUGGUCUAGAGCAUCGUGCUCUGCUGAAGAGCGCUCUGGGGGUCCUGGCCGGCCGACUGAAGGAGGACGAGACCGAUUUGACCCUGGAUCAGCUCAGCAGGCACGCUUUUGAGUACCUGCAGAACUUCCAAAGCACAGUGCCCAGCCUGAACACUGCCUUGUGUCUGACCCAGCUGCUCAUUGUGCUGUCCCAGUAUGGAGGAUCAAACCACAGGACCUACAGAGAACAGAUCACAUCCCUGGCGAGGCGUUUCCUCUGUCAGGAGUGGGUUACAGCGAGUGGAGAGAAAGAGCGAGGAAACAAAUACAAUGAUGCUCUUCAAACUCUACUCAGUAUUUAUCUGGAGCACACUGAUGAUGUUCUGAAGGCGGUGGAGGAAAUAGCAGGUGAAGGGGUUCCAGAGCUGUUGAAUGCUGCUAAAGAUGCUAACUCGCGCAGCUGGCCAACACUUAACAGGCAGACGUUCCUGGUAUACUACAAGAGCAUGAUGGCAGAGCUGGAGAGAGCUGUGCGCAAGAUUCCUCACAGCAAACAGACGGAUAAUCAAGAGGUGCAGAGCGAGAAGCUCUUAACAUGGAAUCUGGCUGUGCGUGACUUCCACAUCCUCAUAAACCUGGUCAAGAUGUUUGACAGCAGACCUGUACUCACUGUGUGUUUAAAGUAUGGUCGUCUUUUUCUGGAGUCCUUCCUCAAACUUGGAAUGCCUCUGCUCGAUUAUAGCUUUAAAAAACACAAGGAGGAUGUUCAAAGUUUGCUGAAGACCAUCCAGCUCAGUACUAGACAACUCCACCACAUGUGUGGCCACUCAAAGAUUAGGCAAGAUACAGGGCUGACCAAUCACGUUCCAGCCUUGAAGAAAAAUCUGGAGCAGUUUGUGUAUCGUGUGAAAGCCAUGCUCACUCUUAACCAUUGCCAGGAAGCCUUCUGGCUGGGGAACCUGAAGAACAGAGACUUAAAGGGUGAAGAGAUUCUCUCACAAAAGUCACAGGCAGUUGAUGAAGAGGAAGAAGAGUCUUCUCAGCUGCAGAGUGAAGAGGAGGAGAGCGACUCUGAUGAGAGGAACAAUGGACAGGAAGAAGCGGAGGAAUCGGAUGAAUCGGACUGAAAUAAAGCAAAUAUUGUUAUAUAUUAGCACAUGAUCAGUACACUAUUGUUGAUUU